AUGGCAAAGCUUCGCGGCUUGAUGUGUGUUCUAUUGGCAUCGACCGUCGCCAACGCGAGUCUCGUCUCAUUCUGUCGCUCUGCUUUUGCGCUGCCCCUACCCUCAGUUUCCGACAGUGAUGAUUCACAAUCCCUGGCAACAGCUUCAACUCCUCAGGGACAUGAGAGCGCUUCGGCCGAAGAAGUUGUGCCUGAACAGCCGCAACGCCAGCUGCAGGAUGAUGUAGCUCUCCACCAGAUGCCUUCCGCUGAAGCAUCAUUCCAAGCCACCACCAUCACCAUCGUUCGAACGGUGACUAUCGAGCUUGCCGACCGUACCGAAUUUGUCUGGUCGCCUGUUCAGCAGACCUUGACCUUUAUCAAUCCCACCCUGGUCUUUGAGACGACUGUCGUUACUGCAUCACGGCCUCCCGACAUCGCAGCGAGAGAAGAAGCAAAGGAAACAUCAUUGGAGCGAGGGGUGGCUCCCGCAACAUCCUCAGUCUAUCCGCAUGGCCAUGAAGGCGCGGGCCUUUCGCCGCAUCCAGCUCGUAUACGGCGGCAGACUCCGGCGUCAAUCACCAGGGUUUCGACAAUCACCGUUGAGAUCACUACCACAAUAGUAGCAAGCGGCACUUCCGUCCGCACAGUCACCAUUUUCAACCCCGUGUUCGUUUCUGUCACUCAGACGCCUACUCUCACGACGACAAUCUUUACAACUACGACUCUUCCCCUUGAAUAUCCGGUCUCCAGCGUACCUGCUGUUGCACCAGCUCCACCGGCCAGCCAGAGUGUCAUCUCUAGCGACGACACUCAACAGACUGUAUCGUCUGCAGGCUCCGGCCCUACUUCUUUGACAAGAACGACGCUUGCAGCCUCCGGGCCCCAGAAGUCUUCAGUCGCCUCCAGCACCUUGGGCACAACUGGGACUGGUCGUGUCCGCUCACCAUCGGAUACGUCUUUCAGCUUGAGCGCAGACGACCAUCAAAUGACGUCUGCUACGGCUGCCUCCACCGCCAUGAACCAAGCAACGGCUACCCCUCCAACCUACGACGGACCUUGUCAAACACCCCAAAACGAGGAUAGCAGUAAGAGUUCCGAAGAGGAGGACGUGAGGAAGCGACCGUUUGGCAAGGACAAGCAGCAACCCAUCCCAGAGCAGAUGGCAGAUCUGAGGCACUAG